UUUGCUUCUUCCUCUUCUUGGACGCGAGCGAAUCGAGCUUUUGUAAUCCUGGAUCUCGCUGGAAAUGGAGGAAAUGGAGGAAUGGCAAGCUGAGGAAGGGACGAUAGGGUCGGUGUCGGGUCCGUUCCAGACCGAGAUCCUCGUCUGCCAGCGGGUGCACAACAUGAUAGGCUCACCGGGGUUCUGGUACUCCGACCCGUUCGACUUCGCCUUGCCCGUCCUGAUGUUCCAGAUCAUCUUGAUCUCCUUCGCCGCCUGGAUACUCUUCCUCUUCCUCAAACCUCUCCGUCCUAGUCUCGCCAUCGUCUACAUUAUGGCAGGUAUAGUAAUCGGUCCCUCCGUCUUAGGCCACAGCCCCAGAUACCUGGCCAAGGUAUUCCCACCGGGAGGCAUAACCCUUCUCAUGACGUUUUCUGAACUAGGGUUCCUGAUCCACCUUUUCACGAUCGGCGUGCAAGUCGAUACCGGCAUCUUGUGGAGGGCCAGGAAGAGCGAGCUCCUGAUCGGGACCAUGUGCUUCCUCUCGCCUUACGUGGUCGCCUAUCUUUCCUACUUCGCUCUCUGGGGCUUAGUCGACAUGGACGGCUCAUUGAAGUACUCCGUCCCCUACAUCGCCAUCGUCAACUCCAUCUCCUCCUUCCCCGUCAUCACGUCACUCCUCACCGACCUUCGGAUCCUGAACUCAGACCUCGGACGGUUCGCCGCCCACGUGUCCCUAGUGUGCGACUCGUGGACAUGGCUCUUGGCUCUGCUGUUGAAUGCUGCCGGUGUGGCCUUCCGGCACUCCAAGUCGGAGUCGCUGUGGUCGAUAUUUUGCACAUUCAUGUUCAUCGCACUCAUCAUCUUCAUAAUUCGCCCCGUGACGAAGUGGUCAUCCCGAUGCGCACAGGAUGGAGAAGAGGAGGAGGUCCACUUCUUUGAGAUUAUGGUGAUGAUGCUGGGGUGUGCACUAUUGGCGGAGACCUUGGGCCAGCACUCCGGCUUCGGAGCCUACUUGAUGGGCUUGGCUUUGCCGCACGGGCCACCCUUGGGGACGACCUUGGUCCAGAAGCUAGAGACGGUGUCGGAGCGCUUGCUGGUGCCGACGCUCUUGGCGGCAAGCGGGGUGCGGACGCACCUGUCGAGCAUGGUCGGGGCAUCGUCGUGGCACACGCAGGUGAUAAUAAUGAUGGGUUACGUCGGGAAGUUCUUGGGGACGCUCGUGACUGCCUUCGGAUGCGGCGUGCCGUUCUACGACGCCCUCCCUCUCAGCCUCAUCAUGUGCUGCAAAGGCAUCAUCGAGGUCUCCGUUUAUGGCAUGUGGUAUGAUCGAAAGAUCAUAAACAAACAAGUCUACUCUCAACUAGUGAUCACCAUGGUGAUCGUGACUACGUUGGUACGACCCAUCAUCGCUUAUUUAUACGAUCCGUCCAGCAGAUAUAUGAUCAAUGGACGAAGAACCCUACCACAAUCGAAGGAAGGUGUCAAGGUCCAAAUCCUCGUUUGCCUCCACAACGAAGACAACGUCCCCACAAUCAUGCGCCUCCUCGAGGCCUCCAACCCCACCCCUCACAGCCCCAUCUCCGUCUUCGUCCUCCACCUCGAGGAGCUCAAGGGCCGGUGCGCCGCCGUCCUUGUACCCCACCACCACCUCAGCAGGGACGCCUCCAGGGCAGACGGAUCCGACCAUGUUGUCAACGCGUUCGCCAACUACGAGCAGCGCAACCACGGGAGCGCCGUGGUGCAGCACUUCACCGCCAUCUCCCCCUUCGAGAGCAUGCACGAUGACGUGUGCACCCUCGCGCUGGACAAGCGGACCCACCUCAUCAUCGUGCCCUUCCACAAGACGUGGGCCAUCGGCAGGUCCGUCGGGCUCACCAACUACGCGUUCCGCAACGUGAACAUGAAUGUGAUGGGGAAGGCACCCUGCUCCAUCGGGGUCCUCAUCGAUCGGGGCCCGAUGGUCAGCCCCCAGCACACGGCGGCUGGCGAGACCACGCCGUACCGAGUUUUUGUGCUCUUCUUGGGGGGCGCAGACGACCGGGAGGCGCUCGCCUACAGCAUGCGAAUGGUCGACCACCCGUGGGUCAGCCUCACGAUAGUCCGGAUCAAGAGUAGAGAGGAUGAGAACGAGGGCGAGAGCCAGCUUGACAAAGAAGCGAUGGGUGACUUCUUGGCCAAGGUGGGCGACAAUAGGAAUGUGGUGAAGUACGUCGAGGAGGUGACGAAAGACGGGGUCGGGACCAUACAGGUGAUCCGCUCGGUCGAGACCAUGGUCGACUUGUUGAUAGUGGGCAAGCACCACGACCUGUUGUCGCCGCUCAUCUCGGGCUUGAUGGAGUGGAGCGAGUACCCCGAAUUGGGGGCCAUCGGCGACCUGCUCGCCACUUCCGAUUUCAUGUUCUCGGUUUUGGUAGUGCAGCGAGAGCCCACGGCGGCAAGAUCAAUCCCCUUUAUUGAGUUUGGAAAGCAGUAGCUAUAGGUUCUAGAGAUCGUGGCGGCCGCGACACGAUUCGGCCGAGCCGGAAAAUUUGAACGAGCGAUCGCGAGCACCUCCAGCAAGAGAUGCUUUUUUGUUUUUAUCUUUUGUUUCUUUUGGUUGUGUAAUGCGUAGUGUGAGGAGAAUUGGUAGAUUUCGGACAUGAAUUCAUGGAUUGAAGAAUGUACGUA